AUGGAGCUUAGUGCCCUGCUCCUCCUCGCUCUCACUGCUGGCUUCUUGUUAUUCUUCAUCAUCCAAAGUCAGCCAAAGACCCAUGGACACUUCCCACCAGGACCUCGUCCCCUGCCCUUCUUGGGGAACCUCUUGCAGCUGGACAAAAGAGGCCUUCUGGACUCUUUCUUGAAGCUUCAAGAAAAAUAUGGAGAUGUGUUCACAGUAUACCUGGGACCGAGGCCUGUGGUCAUAUUGUGCAGUACAGACACCAUAAGGGAGGCUCUGGUGGACCAAGCUGAGGCUUUCUCUGGCCGGGGGACAGUUGCUGUGCUCGAUCCAAUUAUUCAGGGAUACGGUGUGGCCUUUGCCAAUGGAGAAUGCUGGAAGACAAUCCGGCGAUUCUCUCUGACAGCCAUGAGAGACUUUGGGAUGGGAAAGCGAAGUGUGGAGGAGCGGAUAAAGGAAGAGGCCCAAUGUUUGGUGGAGGAACUGAAGAAAUACAAGGGAGCCCCCCUGAACCCCACCUUCUUCUUCCAGUCCGUUGCAGCAAACAUCAUCUGCUCCAUUGUCUUCGGAGAGCGCUUUGACUACAAAGACCACCAAUUCCUGCAUCUGCUGGAUCUGAUCUUUCAGACAUUUUCCCUCAUGAGCUCGUUGUCCAGCCAGGUAUUUGAGCUCUUCCCUGCCAUCCUGAAAUACUUUCCUGGUGCCCACAGACAAAUCGCCAAAAACCUCCAGGAAAUCCUUGACUACAUUGGCCAUAGUGUGGAGCAGCACAGGGCCACCUUGGACCCCUGCGCUCCACGAGACUUCAUCGAUUCCUACCUUCUGCGCAUGGAGAAGGAGAAGUUCAACCACCACACAGAAUUCCAUCACCAGAACCUCAUGAUGUCUGUGCUCUCUCUCUUCUUUGCUGGCACCGAGACCACCAGCACCACGCUGCGUUACAGCUUCCUGAUCAUGCUCAAGUACCCCAAUGUCGCAG